AUGGCUAGACCAAACAGUCGCAGCAUUCUUCUUGCUCUUUUCUUCAUUUUUCUUGCAGUGAGAUAUCUUCGAGAAACAGGACAAAACCCCUAUAAAACACCAGUUUUCAACAAUUCAUUAUUGAACAGGGAAAAUGAAUACCGAGACCAGUUCAAUGUCCAGAAUAACACCAAAUGCUUGCCUGUUGAUGAAGAGAAACCAGAGGUGGAGGUGGAGGAAAGAUGUGCCUUAUGUUUCUUUGGUUUGCCUCGAUCAUAUGAGUCUAUGGUUCUUCCAGGGCUAGUCAAAAACGUUUUCACUCCGAACGCUGAUAACAAAUGUGACGUGUUCCUGCACUACUUUCACAAAGAGGAAGAACCUGCACAACGAAAAAAUGCAGGGGGGAAACUGAAUCCCGACGAGAUUUUCCUGGUUGAAAAUGCAGCGAAAUCGGUUCUUGGUUCGAAUACUACUGUGGUCAUCGUGAACGACACAGAUGAUUCAUUUCUGGAACAACGGAAGUAUCAGCUCGAGCGCUAUCAAGAAACUCGUGAUAAGAACGGCAUCAAGGUUUAUUUCCCAUUCAAAACGAAGUUUCGCAUUUCGAGCUUGGAUAAUAUGGUCAAGCAAUGGCACUCAAUUGACAAAACCUUCACCAUGAUGGAGGAUUAUAUGAACAAACACAACAUCAACUACACACGGGUGGCGAUGUUGAGGAAUGAUGUCAUGUUCCUGACUCCCUUCAAUAUAGCGAUGGUAGACAACACAGAGAAGGCUCCAGAUUCCAAACACUUCGUCCUCCCCGGAUUUGCUAACUUUCCCGUCACUGACAGAAUGAUAUAUGGUGUCUAUGAUGCAGUCAAGAUGUGGUCCACCACGCGGUUCGACAGAAUUGAGAAAAGGGCCUGGGAGUACAAACACACAGGAGUAGCCAUGCACUCUGAAAAAUUCAUGGCAGCUGAUCUGCUGCCGAGCAUUGAAACGGCUGGGUAUACGCGCCUACGCAACAACAAUGUUUGCUUCGUUCGGACAAGGGCUGCAUCCAUCGCACUGUGGCAAGAUUGCGUUCGCGAUGUACCCAAAGGCCUCGAGGGCAAGAACAUGACCGCACUGAUUGAAGAGAUUUUGGAACGAAAGUGUGAAAAAGUGGAAGGAGACAGCGCUUUUUGUCCGCCCGAAUUCAACUCAAGUGUUCCUUUCUAG